AAAGCAACGACGGUCAGAGCCAUAGAGGCAAACUUGUGAUCGUACACGCUGCGCUAUGCGGAAUUGCGGACAACGCCGCACCCGUCUAGAAGCCCGGAGACACCCUACACACCGUGCGUGCACGAGACGACUCGAACCCCAGUUCAGGAACUGUAGGAGAGAAGGGGAGAGAGAGAUGGAGAACGGCGGCGGCAAAGGCGACGUCCCCGACGAUGCGAACGAGCAUUGCCCUGGAACGCAGUCGGAGGAGGCGGGGAAGGCGGAUGCCUGCGCUGGGUGCCCCAACCAGCAGAUUUGUGCCACCGCCCCCAAGGGCCCCGACCCCGAUGUGGUUGCUAUUGUCGAGAGGUUGGCUACUGUGAAGCACAAAUUGUUAGUUUUGUCUGGAAAGGGAGGUGUUGGAAAGAGUACAUUCUCAGCCCAACUCUCGUUUGCUCUAGCUGAAAUGGACCAUCAGGUUGGCCUUCUUGACAUAGAUAUAUGUGGCCCUAGCAUCCCUAAAAUGUUAGGCCUUGAGGGACAAGAUAUUCAUCAAAGCAACCUUGGCUGGUCACCUGUGUAUGUUGAGUCCAACCUUGGUGUGAUGUCGAUUGGUUUCAUGCUGCCUAAUCCAGAUGAUGCUGUCAUAUGGAGGGGUCCCCGCAAGAAUGGACUGAUCAAGCAGUUCUUAAAGGACGUUGAUUGGGGGGAGAUUGACUAUCUUGUUGUGGACGCUCCUCCAGGAACAUCUGAUGAGCACAUCUCGAUAGUGCAAUACCUUCAAGCCACAGGAAUCGAUGGUGCAAUAAUCGUCACGACUCCGCAGCAGGUCUCACUGAUUGACGUGAGGAAGGAGAUAACCUUCUGCAAGAAGGUCGGUGUUCCUGUCCUAGGUGUUGUGGAGAACAUGAGUGGCCUGAGGCAGCCACUUUCAGAUCUUAGAUUCAUCAAGUCAGAUGAGGCGGGUGAGACAGAUGCGACAGAGUGGGCCCUGAACUACAUCAAGGAGAAAGCCCCUGAGCUUCUGUCGGUCAUGGCAUGCAGCGAGGUAUUUGAUAGCAGCAAGGGAGGAGCUGAGAAGAUGUGCCAUGAAAUGGGGGUUCCUUUCCUUGGUAAGGUGCCCAUGGAUCCACAGCUAUGCAAGGCGGCUGAGGAAGGGAGGUCAUGCUUUGCUGAUCAGAAAUGCAGUGCCAGUGCACCGGCUCUUCAGAACAUUGUGAAGAAGCUGAUCAAGACUGAGUGAUAAAAUAGUGUUGCCCUGCUAGGAAUCUGGUAGUGAGAAAUGAGAUGAAAUGAUAUAUGCCAGAGUUCUUAUUACCAAUAUACUGUGUCAUGCACUGAGUCUUUAUUAGUGCUAUUGGAUCUGUAAGCUUUUGUUCAUGAAUCAUCAGUGAGUGGACUGGGUGCACAAACUACCGCUUAAUUUCUGCUCUACUCAGUGAAAUAUGUUUUGAGGUGCUACCUGAAUGAUGUUUUUUUAGUCGUACCUGAAUGAUGCUUGAAUGCUUUGUACUGUGCGUACCAGAA